AUGGGACAAGGAUAUUCGUCCGUCGCGCUUCCCAGUGGUCUUCAGCCGGCUGAAAAUUCAGAGAUCGCGGAUCUGGUUGUGGAGAAGCAAUUGGGAGGUGCACGAUUCCUCAGGACCGCUCGAGCAAGGCACCAAUCCGGGAUUGUCGUCGUCAAAAUAUGCAACAAGGCCAACCAAACAGUCUCUUUCAAAGAGUACGCCAGGAAGCUUCGCGAACAGCGCCAGGCUCUGAGAGGUAUCCCGAAUGUACUUACCUACCAGCGUAUUCGGGAGAGCAACACGAUUGGUGUUCUAGUCCGACAAUUCAUCCACAAUUCGUUAUAUGAUCGCAUCAGCAUCCGACCGUUCUUGGAGGGUAUCGAGAAGAAAUGGAUUGCAUUCCAAUUGCUCUGUGCGGUACGCGACUGUCACAGUCGCGGCGUCUUUCACGGGGAUAUUAAAUCGGAGAAUGUCCUCAUCACGUCCUGGGGUUGGGUAUACUUGACGGAUUUUGCAUCCGCAUACAAGCCAGCCUACCUCCCAGAAGAUAACCCGGCCGAUUUUUCCUUCUAUUACGACACGUCUGCCCGUCGUACUUGUUACUUGGCUCCCGAAAGGUUCACCACUCCUGGCGAGCAACCUCGCGAGGGCACGGUGGUCCAGUGGAACAUGGAUAUUUUCAGCGUGGGAUGUGUACUCGCUGAAUUGUUUACCGAAGUGCCCACAUUCACUUUGAGUCAGCUAUUCCGAUAUCGCAAAGGCGAAUACGAUCCUACUGUGCAGCUUCUGAGCAAGGUUGACGAUGACAACAUUCGCAGCUUGAUUACGAGCAUGUUGCGACUCGACCCCGGUGAGCGAUGGCAUGCUCAAGAUUAUCUCGAUGAGUAUAAAGGGAAGGCCUUCCCUCUGUACUUCUACAACCAUCUUCAUACCUUAAUGGAAGAGAUCACGGACCCAACAUCAGGGCGAGCUAUCACAACAGCUCCAGAGGCCAACAACGGUAUUGCGGACGACCGGAUCGACAUGAUUUAUCACGACUAUGAGAAGCUCUCUGUCUCGCUUGGAUAUGAAACGGCUCAACCCCAGCACAAAGCUUCAAGAUUGGCCAGCCACGAUUUUGGCGAGCUCUUCCCACUUCAAGUCGAUUUGCCCAACAGUCGACACGCUGCGGCAUCACUCAAGCCCAAUAAUAUAGACAACGGCACGUUCAUAUUGCUCAAUGUCGUGACCGCCUCGAUGAGAAGUGCCGCAAGAUCCACCUCGAAGACUCGGGGUUGUGAACUGCUCCUCGCCUUUGCAGAGAUGCUGCCAGAUGAGGCAAAGUUAGAUCGGGUGCUGCCAUACGUAAUCGCUCUCCUUGAGGACGACAACGAAAUGGUUUUGGUUGCCGCGCUAAGGACAAUGACACAGCUGCUUGCGCUUGUGAAAGUAGUCUCGCCAGUCAACACAUUGCUAUUUCCACAGUACAUAUUUCCAAAGCUUCAGAUCUUCAUCAAGACUGAUGGGUUUGUUCACAACCCGCUGGUCCGAGCAACGUACGCCGCAUCGUUGGCGAGCUUGGCGCAAACUGCAUCGCGGUUCUUGGACAUCAUGCAGGCACUUCGAGCCGAUGGCGCUUUGCCCUCACACACGCAAGGCGCUGAUGCAGAUACCGAUGACUACGCUGCAUAUCACGACGCCUACGACUCCACACGAUUUGAUGUUCUUGAUCAAUUUGAAGCGCAGACAAAAGUCUUCCUGACCGACACCAACAAUUCUGUCCGACGAGCGUUCUUGACUUCAGUUCCUUCCCUUUGUGUUUUCUUCGGUGAAGUUCGAGCAAGUGACGUUCUUCUGACUCACUUGAAUACCUAUCUGAAUGAUCCAGAUUGGCUGCUGAAGUGUGCAGUUUUCCGGACAAUGAUAGGCGUUGCUGUAUAUAUCGGUGGCCCAAGUCUGGAAGAGUUCAUCUUGCCACUAAUGCUACAAGCCCUUACAGAUCCGCAAGAAUUUGUGGUCGAACAAGCUCUACGCUCCAUGGGAACUAUGGCGGAAAUCGGUCUUCUGCAGCGGACGAAGAUCUGGGAAUUGAUCGAUGUGGUGGCCCGGUUUUUGGUUCAUCCAAAUCUUUGGAUCAAGGAAGCUGCUGCGCACUUCGUCUCCGCCGCGACGACAUACCUCUCCGCCGCUGAUGUCAGGAUUUUGACCGCCCCGCUCGUUCACCCUUAUCUGAAGAUGCCAAUCCAUUCAUUAAGCGAGACCGACCUGCUGGACGCUUUGAACAAACCUGUGUCUCGUCCUGUUCUAGAUAUGGCGCUCCAAUGGGCGGCCAAGGCUGAGAAGGGCAUUUUCUGGAAACCUGCGAAAGAGUCAAGACAAAUGAAUCACCGCUCUGUGACCCAAAUGCCUCCGCGAUCCUCUGUCGCUGAUCUCGGACCAAAAGCCCUCGCACGAGCGCCCAAAACCGUUGAAGAUGAAUCGUGGCUUGGUCUACUACGCAGCGCAGGCAUGCGCCAAGAAGACGAAAUGAAGAUCCUAGCUUUGCGCGAACAUCUCUGGCGUACUGCUCAGAGAAUGAAACGUGAUGAAGUAAAUGACUCAUUCUCUAUUUACGAUCAAGUUAUCAGCUUGAGCAAAUUGAAUAUUACUGCUCAGACAGUCGUCUUCGAGCAAGAUUUUCGAGUGUACGAGCAACGGAUGGAGGCGCAAGAUCAAACGAUUGCUGAAGCACUCCGAGAUGCUUCUACGAGUGCUACUGGCCUACUUGCUGCGUCUGAGGGAGGACUCGGCAAAGCUCGGCCUGACGUGGCCACAGACGGUCAAACCGCUGUUGGGCAUCUGAAUCUACCGUCAAACCUUGGGACUCGAAGACCAUCACCUUCACCAGCUUCCAGGACACCUUCAGACCAAGGGCAGCCUCAACAAGCUGUUCAUAACUACUCCGGAAGCGAUCCCACCGUUAUGAAGCUUUUGGAUGCGGUAUACCUAGACCGGUAUCCUCUAGACAUUGCGGAGUUCGGACCACUUGUGCAGUACAGACCAGGCUCAAUUGUAAAAAGCAAUCCACAAACUCCGUCUGCGGUGUGGAGACCACUUGGCAGCGUGGUGGCUGUCCUCGGCGAACACACGGCCAAAAUCACUCGGAUUCUCCCAGCACCUGAUCACAGCUUUUUUCUGACAGCAUCUGAUGAUGGGUCCAUCAAAGUUUGGGAUGCUGCGCGACUGGAGAGAAACGUCACGCAUCGCUCCCGCCAGACAUAUCGUCUCGCACCAGGUGUCCGAAUCACCAGCCUUUGUUUCAUACAGGCUACAUAUUCGUUUGUGUGCACAGGAUCCGACGGCAGUGUUCAUGCAGUCAAAGUGGACGCUUCCGAGUCAAAUUCAGGCAUCAAGUAUGGCAAGCUUCGAGCUGUGCGUGAAUGGCACAUUCCAUCAAGAGGCGGCGUCGUUGAAUUUGCAGUAUGGUCUGAUCAUUUCCGCGGUGAAGCCGGUAGCACGCUUGUGCUGGCAACAAAUCUAGGUCGUAUCCUGGUCAUCGAUCUGAAGUAUAUGUCGAUCACAUAUGAGAUGCGCGUCGCUGCCAGUCAUGGAGAGCCAACCGCAUUCUGCAUUGGCCGUAAGCACGACUGGCUCCUCGUGGGCACCUCCCAUGGUGUACUCGAGCUGUGGGACCUGCGCUUUCAGCUACUGCUCAAGUCAUUAGCGUUCGCCAGCGCCGAGCCCAUCACUCGACUGGAGCUGCAUCCGAGCCGCAACAGCUCCCGCCGCAACAAAUUCUGCGUCACAGGAGGCACCAGUCGCGGCGAAGUUUCCAUCUGGGACGUGGAAAAGCUCAUCUGCAACAACGUAUACCGCAUCGCACCCUCGGACGUGCGCGACCGCCUUCAACUCGAAGACUACGAGCUCCGCUCCAUGGACGACGACAAAGACAAACCCAACAGCCUUCUAGCCCGCGUCACGUCCGCAUCGGCACGAGACCACAGCCUCCACAGCCACGCCGCAAUGGUCUCCUCCAUCGGCAUCCAACUCCCCUCCAAAGACCGCGAGCGCGACAACGCCUUCAUCGUCACCGGCGGCCCCGACGGCAAAGUCCGCUUCUGGGACUGCGAGCGCGUGGAAAACUGCGGCCUCGUCAACGGCGGCGGCAGAGGAAGCCCUCCCCCCGACGAGAAAAAGCCCGUCUACACCCUCAGUCAUCCCGCCCAGCGCGGCCUCGACCUCACCAUUUUCACCGAGAAAGCGGCGGACGACGCGCGCACGCUGGGAGGGGCCAUCGAAUCCAACAGGAUCGGUCCGGCGUCGCCCCCGGCGUCGAGGAGGACGCAGCAGAAGGGGGACGCUGCCGGCGCGACGGCGAAUGCCCCCCCGCGGCCGGCGUCCAGGUAUGAGACCAUCCGGCUCUCGGCGCAGAAUCUCUUGGCUGGCCACCUCGAUACCAUCACGGAUGUGGCGGUCCUGGAGAGGCCGUUUGGGAUGGUGCUCAGCGCGGAUCGGUCGGGCAGGGUGUUUGUUUAUCAAUGA